UGCGCCCAGCCGGCACCAGCCUGGACUCCACACCAGUUGCGGAGGCGGACCCACCCCCAGCAGCAGACGCUGGCUCCACGAGUAAACCGCGACUGGUCGUACUCUACUCAUCGAACCCUCGCAGCGGCUCCAGCUUCUUCGGUGAGCUCCUGGCCAGUCCUGCUGGUUCAAUGUACCUCUAUGAACCACUGCACUACGCUCAACUAGUCGGCCACCCCGUCCAUAAGGAGUCGCAUCUAUCGCCCGACCGACAGACCAGAGACUUUGUUCAUCAGGAGCUUCUGAGACUUCUCACGUGCCAGUUCGAAGAGCAGAUGUUCAAUGAGUCGCUGAAGCUCAUGAUUUGGAAGAAGCCCAAAGUUGCUCCGAUCGUUACAGAGAGCCAGCGCAGGUCUUGGUGUCUUGAACUUGAUCUCAGGGUGGCUAAGGUGAUUCGACCUGGAUUAGGUGCCUUGCUACCGCUCUUAGAGCUGCCAGACUACGACAUUCAUAUUGUCCACCUUGUCGAUGACGAUGACGCCAGAGGUCAAAGUGUUCAUACGCAAGCACACCAAAAGCUCCAAGGACCCGUCACCUUCCAAGCUGCUGAAUCCCAUUCAACGGCUUUACUCCAGCGUGAAACAGUCGAUGACCUCACUACUGAGCCGAGACGCCGCACCUCCAGCCGCUGACAGAGACGUCCAGCGGCUAAAAACCGAACCAAAGCUUCCUAUGGUGAUCACCAGACGCCAUCGACGGUCAUCGAGGAAGCCGAUCUGGAAGCACGGGGUUGACUUUAACGGCUACUACGGGACGUUUCGGUUUGCUGACUUCGAUGGCCUACACUGGCUGAAGGAGCUACCACGGGCAGAGCGCACGAAAGCCGAAAAGGUGUGCGCAGACGCCCUCCGCAGGCUAGACUACCCUUUAGUCUACCCGGAAGAAGGAGGCAGCCAGGGUCAGACCGGUCAGGCAGGACGCUCACAAAGCGACUCAGUGAAGUCGUAGGGCACACUUUUACAGGCAAAGUCCUAUGAAUAUUUGGAAUAUCUGUGAGAUUCAUAUUCGGCCCUCUCGUGCGUUUUUUUGUGAUAGAUAGCGACGAUAGUUAGAUGUAUCAUCUCCCAGGUCGCUUCAAGAGUAAACGCAGAUGCUCCGUGCUUAUUGAACGGUUCAUACUUCAUUGUUCAGAUCUCUUCCGUAUGGAGGAGUAUAUAUGUGUUAGGAAUAGGAUGUGAGAUGACGUCAGUGCGGACCUUGAUUCGUGACUAGCUUUAAGUGCUGGUCGUCCUGCUGCUGCUUGAUAGUGCACAGCGGUCCAUUACCUACUGCGAAUGCACUAAGUAAAUCGCAUUACAAACGGACAUUUUACUACAGAUAUUGGCUAUAUCGGCUGCAUUCUGUGUGCAAUUUGCUUUUACCUAACAGUUCAGGCACAUGCCUAAGGUAAAUUAUUUAUCAUCAUAAGAUUCGUGCAAUCGAUCACACUAAUAAAAACAAGGUUGUUGUAUGCUCAUAAUAUCCACAUGUGGUAUGGGCAAGGAAGGCUUUUCAAAAUCAUUAUACCUCGUUAUGCGUUUUUUAUUUUGUUGCGAUAUUGUUGAGUUCAUCACAUGCGGGCAUAGCUGUGUAAGGAUGUGAGAAGAAUUUACUGAAAGAUGCAAUAUACGUUUUAUCUGUAAGGAACAGGAAA